GGCCAGUGGUUCACCCGCGGUGGCUCCCGGGAACUGCCUGGGAAUCCCAGCUCCGGCGGGGCGGGAAGGCGCGGGCGACCGGUGUCGCCGACAUUCUUCACGCACCCUCCCUGCCUGGCCGCGCCUCUGCGACCAGGUGAACCAAUAAAAGAAGAAAAUGAAAUGCUUUAAGAAAAGUCUUCCAGAAGAAUAUCUCUAUCUGGAUUUUUCUCACCAAACAGAAGGAUGCAUCUUUCCUCUUCAUACAUUUGUAACCAUAUUUUUGUUGUCAUAUUGUGACUGCAAAAUCUUUAAAGUUUGCUUCGUUCUCACCAGAGAAAGUACAGAUAUUUCACUAAUAAGAAAUGUACUGUCCCAGGAUGAUGAAAUACAGAUUAUUUCAAGGGAGGAGCUUCCACCAAUAGUCCAGAAUUGCCGUUUGCCUGCAGCAGUGGAAACACCAGACAAUUUUUGUAGAGCAGGACUUGCUGUAGUACUAAGACACAUAAUCCAGAAAUCAUAUGAAGCAGACCCCUCAAAGAAGGAAAUUUUGGAACUUCUGGGUUUUAAAAAGACUUGCUUGAAAGCCUGUGCUGAAGUUAGUCAGUGGACCAGGCUUUGUGAACUUACCAUCCCUUUGGCUAUUGAGAAUUUUCUCAAAGAGUCUUCUGAACUGCCCCCAACUAUCCCUGUAGAAAUACUACAGCUAGAGAAAAAGCUCAGUGAGCCUGUUAGAGUGCAUAACGAUGACAAAAUCCGUAGGCAGAAGCUGAAGCAACAGAAGGCUGCUGGAGUUGGGCUUUCACUUGCUGAAGAUAAAACAAAAAGCAAGGUCCAUAAACAGGAAACAUCUGAGGAGUUGAUCCCUGAGCCCAAAAGCCUGGAAUUGAAAGUGGCAUUCUCAAAGCUCGCAGUAGAGGAAGAACCAGUCACUACCAACAGGGAACCUUCUCACAUCAGAAAAGCGAAGGCCUCUGAUCUCCCACUGCUGGAUCAUCUGUUUGCAGAAGGGCUUUACUUCACUUUGGCAGAUAUUGUGCUCUUGCCCUGUAUCCAUCAUUUUUUGGUAAUUAUCUGCAAGAAACUUUCUGAAAAGCUGAUAGAAUUACCACUGCUGGCCUCUUGGUACCAGAGGAUUCAGGAAGUUCCAAGAGUGAAAACAGCAGCUUCUAAGUGUGGGAUCCGUUUUCUUCAUUUAUCAGAGUUGCUGACCCCCUCAAAUGAGCAGCAUCCAAACUUAAGUGAGGUCCCAGGUGUAGAGGAGCAAAAUGAUCCUUCAUUUAUAGGAGGACCAAGACCAACCAUGACCAAGUUAAUGGAAAAAGGCAUUGAAGUGAUAUUUUCUCCACACCCUUGCCCUACCUGGACCCUUGAUUGGAAUAAUCUUCCUGCAGCAGUGAGCCCAAAGGAAGGUAAAAUGUCCAGUGAUCGAGCUUUGAGGAAACAGCAACAGUUAAACAAUCUUGUUUAUAUGGUGACAAAUCAGGCCAAACCUGGUGACAGAAUUGUGGAUUUCUGCAGUGGUGGGGGCCAUGUUGGAAUUGUCCUUGCUCACAUGCUACCAUCAUGCCAGGUUACAUUAAUAGAAAACAAGGAAUUAUCAUUAGUUCAUGCUAAGAAGAGAAGUGAUGAACUAGGUUUAAGCAACAUUUGGUUCAUUCAAGCUAAUAUGGAGUAUUUUACAGGAAUGUUUAAUAUUGGGGUGGCGUUGCAUGCUUGUGGAGUGGCAACAGACAUGGUGAUUGAGCACUGCAUCAAAACACGGGCUUCCUUUGUCACAUGCCCUUGCUGUUAUGGCUUCAUUCAGAACACCUCGAAGUUUACUUUUCCAAAAAGUGAGCAAUUCAAGGAAAUUUUAUCAUACAAGGAACACAUGAUUCUGUGCAGAUUUGCAGAUCAGACAGCUGUCCAGCUCCCACCCCAACGCAGGCUAAUAGGAAAACAGUGCAUGUGCCUGGUCGAUCUGGAUCGAGCAAGAGCUGCAGAAGAAUGUGGCUAUUCUGUUCAAGUGAUAUCCAUGGAGCCAGAGAGCUGCUCUCCCAAAAAUAACAUGAUCGUGGGAGUCCCCACUUAGAAUGAGACAUUCACUUUUGAUGUGUUGCCACCCAUCUUCAUAAUGAAAGCCCAGCGGCAUUCAGGAGGUUCUUGGCAUAACUAGGAAACAGCAUUAGCCAUCUUGAACCUAUUGUGCUCAGAAAAGAAAGCAGCAGGAAAAUCGUGUAAGAAAGGCUGCCUGCAAAGCAUCACAAACGCUCUUACAACAUGUGAUUAAAGGACUUCUGGUUUUCAUAGUGAGAAUCCCCUGAAGUCUUAGCUGCCAACAGAAUAACACUCACUAGUGAAGGUUGCAUCACUGGAAUAACAAUUUCCUUCUCAGCUCACAGGUUUUUUUCUGUGACGUUCAAUUCAAAACGAUGAUCACCUGGUACUUGGAACCUUUAUUUUAUAAUUAUUUAGAUAUUCACAUGGAGGCAAACUAGACUGUGAGGGUUGUUUUUUAUAUUUUUAACAAUUAUACUUUUUCUAUAGUUUUUUAAAAAUUUUGUCAAAUAAUCACAAUAUAGUUAUUUCUAAGGUGGGAUUAGUUUGACUAAUAUAUCAUCUAAAACAUUUAAAAAAUAUUUUCCCAUAUAUUACCUAAUGAGAUCAUUACUGGUUCAAACAUUUUUUAUGAAGAGAUUAUAAAAUACUUUCAGUAAAUUUCCCAUGUGGGAGCAUAUAAUGUGGACAUAAAUUCUAACGAAUCUGUAAAUACAUAGAUUAAUCAAUUCUUCUAUAAGUAAUUAUUGAGGAUCCUUUAUUUCAAGACUUUGACCUAGAUCCUUCCAGGAUACAAGACUAGUUAGAAGAGACACUAUCCCUUGCCUAUGAAAGUAAAUCAUGUAGAAGUAAAAGAAUAAGGAAUUGGUUUUUUAUGUCAUAAAAUAAUGGAUGGUCACAGGAUUUGUUUUACAGACAUCAUAUUUUUUAUUGAGUUUUUUUUAAUAAAAUUUGAGUGUAAAUUGGAGGUAAAGGAAGUGCAGAGUAUGGGAUCUUAUUUGAAUAGUUCUUUCUAACCAAAUUCUUUUUCCUCCAGCCACAGUUUCUAAAGACAGAUGGCAAGUCCUUUCUUCAUAAUGUUAAUUAUUUGACUUUCACAUGUCCUAGGUUGUUCGAUUUGAGUUAAGGUUUAUUUUAUUGAUUUUGAUAUUUUCAACACCUGUACAACACAUACCAAGAGAAGAAAGUACUUUCAUUGGUCAUAAAUAACUUUUUCAUCAUUGUGGGUUAAAAUGUGGAAGUAAUUUACAAGGCAGAGGUGAACAGCUUUGAAGCCUUGUUUUCUGAGAUAAAAUUUAAGAGAAUUAACCAUCAGCCCUAAGUAAUUUCAUUUGCACCCGUAAACACAGCUUGCUCCUUUAUCCUGGACUUGCUUUUUUUAAUUGAUAUAUAAUUUACGUACAAUAAAAUAACAGAUUUUAAACAUUCAGUUUGAGAAGUUUUGACAACUGUAUAUACCGUAAAAUCACAACCUGAAAUAAGAUAAUAGAACAUUUCCAUCAGCCCAGAAAGUUCCCCCAUGCUCCUUUUCAGUCAAUCCCCCACCCCUACCCCAAAGGCAACCACUCUGAUUUCUAUCACCCCACAUUAGUUUUGCUUGUUUUUGUCCUACAUGUAGUCAUUUAGUAUGCAGCCUUUUGUGUCUCUUUUUUUGCUCAACAUAGUGUUUUUUGAGAUACAGCAAUGAUAUUCUGUGUAUAAUAACAAUAUCUUGUAUCAAUAGCUUGUUUCUUAUUUCUAAGUAGUAUUCCCUUAUGUAAAUAUAUCAAAAUGUGUUUAUCCAUUCUCCUGUUGGUGUUUAUUUGGAUUGUUUCCACUUUGGGGUUAUCAUGAAUAAGGCCUAUGAAUGUUCUUACACAAGUGUUUUUGUGGACAUAUGUUUUCAUUUCCCUUGAUAAAUACCUAGUAGUAGGAUUGCAGGGUCAUAGGCUAAAUGAAUGUCAUUUGCCAAACAAUUUUCCAAAGUGGUUGUACCAUUUUACACUUCCACCAGCAAUGUAUGAAAAUUCCACUUCUUCACACCCUUACCAGCAUUUGAUAUUGUCAAUCUUUUUUAUUUUAGCCAUUCUAAUAGAUGUGAAAUAGUAUCUAUCUCAUUGUGGUUUGAAUUUUCAUUUCCCUAAUAACUAGUGAUGUUAAGCAUCACUUAUGAACUGUGUUCAAGUCUUUUGCUCAUUUAAAAAAUUAGGUUGUUUAUUGUUGAUUUAUAAGAGUUCUUUAUACAUUCUGGAUAUAAGUCCUUUGUCAGAUAUAUGUAUCAAGAAUAUUUUUCCCAAUCUGCAGCUUACCUACUCAUUUCCCAAAUGAAUGUUUUAAUUUUGAUGAAGUACAAUUUAUUGCUUUUCUCUUUUGUGCUUAAUGCUUUCUGUAUUUCUCUAAUAAAUCUUUACCUACCCUGAGGUUAUGAAGAUUUCUAC